AUGAGCUCCAGGCGUGACCAUCCCAUGGUUGAGAAGAUUGCCUUCAUUCCGGAUUUAUUCAUCAGAUUUGGGACUUUUUGUAUGGGUUUAUGGUCAGCGCUGUCGACGGCGACGCUUCGGCCUUUCGAGUUUGCGACCGACACGAAAAGGAAGAAUAUCUCCGCGUUGAACACGUUCGGACCUCGGCGCGAAGAGCACUCGAAGUCGCGCGUCGCUUCGACCGAGGCCUCGAAACAGGUCGCGACCGAGGUGCCAGGGUGGCCUGUCGCGGUCCGUCGCGUCGCGUCUGCCGCGCGGGGUGCGAAGAAGAGCCUCACCCGCGAGAAGCGUCGUCCCGGAUCUUCGCCGAGGAGGCAUACGAGCCACAAGAUGGCUCUCGUCGGGAUGUCCCCGUCGAUGACUGUAAGGUUCGCGACUCUCAGCGCGCGGGCGUCCGGGGUUCACGGCGGACGAUGCGUGGUCCGCGUGGCCUCUCGCGGCGUCCCCCGUCGCGCCGUCUCGCUCUCCACGCGCGCGGUGUCCACCGCCGGAAGUUCCGGCGGUGACGCCGCGAGCGUCGGGACCGUGAUCAAGAGGCGCUCGCCCGGGGCGGGCCCCGCGAACGGCUCCGGAUACGUCUACAAGCCCGCCACCGGGAUGGGCCGAGGCCCCUCGCCGGGCGGUAUGCAGCCCCAAAACUUCCGCGUCCUCGCCGUCCUCGCCGCGGUCGCCGCCAUGAACGCAACCUUCUCCGCGCUCGGCGGACCCGCGUCGGCGUCGGCGUCCCCCGCGGCGUCCGCCCUCGCGUCCGCGGCGCUCACCUACGCCGCCUUCUGGGCGCACGCGCUGUGGCGUAAGCUCGAGAACGUCGCGAUCGAUCAACGCGCCGCCCCUGAGACAAAAGCGACGUUGGCGUCGGCGCUGACGUACGGCUUUGGCUCGUUAGCCGUAAUGUGCGUCGUCGAGUGCGCGAAGACGUCCAGGGCGUGCGCUGCGGCGGCGUUGGCGGCGUCCGCGAGCGUGUGCGUCGCCAGGUACCUCGCCAAGGAGCUCAGCGAGGGUUUGACGAUCACGGUGACGAAGGAGUCGCCGGGCAGCGAGACGAUGGUGGUCACCGCCAACGACGUGAUGCUCGCGCCCACGCGCGAGGGGAUGCAGUCGUCGGCGACGGCGGGGCUGGCGGGGGAGAAGUCCCGACUCGAGGUGCUCGAGAGGCUGAAGGAGUUGAUGAUGAAGGAGUUCCAGGAGGAGACGGCGAGGCUGGCGCAGAUCGAGAGCGAGAAGGCGAGCGAGGUGAGAAGGCUUGAGGGGAUAUACGAGCAGCGCAUCAAGACGCUCAAAGCCGAGAUUGUGAUUCUCCGCAACAAAAACGAGCAACUGAGCAAGUACGCGGGCAUCGCCGCGGCGCUCCAAAACGUCGAGGAACGAAUGACCCAGGAGAUCGCCCGCAUGAAGGACGCCUACGACUCGGACAUCACCGCGCUCAAGACCCAGAUAGGCAGUCUGGAGAAGACCAUCGCAGAGACUGAGGCCAAGGCAAACGAGGAGCGCGAGAGGCUCACCGCCGCGCUGCGAGCCGCGCGGGGUCUUUACUCGGCUCAGAGGCGUAUAUUCGACAGCGAGAUGGCCAAAUACCGCGCGGCGUUGGCCUUGGCGGACCAGCACACGGAGUGGUGGAAGUCCGAGUCCGCGAGGAUCGAGGAGCACCUCCAGAAACGCAUCGCCGCGACGGAGGCUGCUCACGCCAAGGCGCUCGCCAACGCCAGCGCCUCCGAACGAUCCUCCGGUCAGGCGGCUCUCAACCGCGCGAUCGAGUCGCUCAAGGUUCAGCACACGCUAGAGAUGGAGUCGACGAUGGCUGCCGCGACCGCCGAGCGCAAGGCGCUUCAGGUGCUCUUGGAGGAUGAGCGGGCGGACGCGGCGAAGCAGUUGGAAAUGUCCGUCAAGUCCGCCGUCGCCGAGGCUGAGGUGAAGGUGGCGAACGAGUGGCGCGAACGAGUGGAGCUGCUCGAGGCGCAACACGCCGCCACCAUCAAAGCCGUCGCCGCGGAUUACGAGGACAGCGUCAAGGAGGAGAGGGCGUUCAACGAUCAGCACGUCGAGAACCUCCGAGGGGCGUACGAGUCCAAGAUUGAGAUGCUCAACGCGAACCACGCGGAGGCGCUUCAGAACGCCAAGGACGUCGCCGCCGAAUCCCUCAUGGCGGCCAAGAAAGCCGCCGUCGCGGAACUCGCCAAGAACAACGAGGCUUCCGCGCAGGAACUCGAGGCCACGGUCGCUAAGCUCGAGGCGGAGGAGGAGGCGUUGAUCGCAAAGCUCACGGCGGAGAGGGACGAGGUCGUCGCGACUGUUCGCGCGGAGCUUCGAACCGCGAGGGCGGAACGCGGCGCCCUCUACGAGCACUUUACCGGCGAGAAGGCCAAGCUGGAGAGCAUCGUCCGCGCCAGGCUCACCGCGGAGAUCGCCGAGGCUGAGAAGAAUUUCAACGCGCACUGGGAGGGCGAGACGGCUAAGCUUCAAGCCGCUCACGACGAAAAGAUCGCCGAGUUGAAAGCCGCGCAGGACGAGGCGCUCGCGACGAUGCAGACCACACAGGACGAGGAGAUCGAGAUGCUCGAGUCGCAGAUCGAGAAGGACAGGAACGCGGCGGUCGAAUCCGUCCGCGCCGCGCUGCAACAGGCGUUUGACGCCAAGUCCCGCGCCGCCGCCGGCGAGAGGCGAGCUCUCAAGGCGCUGAUGGACUCGGAACGCGCCAAGGCGAGGGUUCGCAUGCUCGCCGCGGUGGACGACGCCGUGGCCGACGGCGUCGCCAGGCUGAACGCGGCGAAGUUGGUGUUUGCGGACGAGAAGGAGCAGUUGCAACGCAACUUUGGCAAGGAGAUGGACAACGUCAAGGCAGAUUUUGCCGCCAGGCUCGAAGCUGAGCUCGCCGAUAAGGCUUCCGCAGUGGAAAAACUGUGGCGCGAGAAGCUGAACGAGGCUGAGAAGCAAUCCGCCACGGCCAUCGCGCUGGUCAAGGAGACCGCCGCGAAGAAGGCCGAGGCUCUCGAGAAUGAGCUGCAAAACGCCAAGGACGUCGCUGCCGAAACUCUCAUGGCGGCAAAGGCAGCCGCCGAGAAGGACCGCGCCACCUCCGUCUCGGCCCUGAACGCCAGAAUCGACGAAAUGAGACGCGAGCACGACGAGGCCAUCGCAUCCGCGGAGGCUGGGUACGCCCAGGCCCUCGCAGCGGCCGCAACAGCCGCGACGGCGGAGAUGAAGUCCAGGGACGAGGCGGCUGACGCAAAGUACGCCGAGCUCGAGGCCAAGGCGAACGAGUACCAAGCCGCGGUGGCCAAGGCUGAAUCCGACCUCGCCGCCGCCUCCGAAGCAGCCGCGGAAAAGCUCGUCCAGGCUGAGGCGAGGUACAAGGAGGAAUUGCGCAGGAUGUCGGACGAGAAGGACGGCGCGCUGGCGGCGAGCGUGGCGUCUGCGGCGAGGGAGGCUGACGAAAUUUCCGACAGGCUCAUGGCCGAGCUCAACGAGACAAAAGCUGCUUACGCCCAGGAGAAGAACGCUCUGAUGGUCGAGCACAAGAAAGAGCUCAAAGAGGUCAUGGAGAACGCCGCGAAGGAGAUGGCUGACGCCGCGGCGACGAUGGAGGCUCUCGACCAGAAGAGGAAGGAUGCCCUGAACGCGUCUGGAUCUGAAUUUGCCGACAAGCUCCUGAAGAUGGAGACCGCUCUGGCGAAGACCAAAAAGGAGGCCGAGGACGCCUUGACCCGAGCGGCAGCCGCGCAGGACGAGGCGGUCGCGGAAGUCAACGCUUCCAUGGCUGCCAAGCUCCAGCAAAGGGAAGAAGAGCUCCUCCUCGAGAUCAAGUCCCUCCGCGAGUACCACGCCGAAGAGCUCGGCUCGAUCAAGGCAGCCGCCGCCAUCGAGGUGGUUGAGGCGCAGAAAAAGUCCCAGGAGGAGGUCGCCUCCCUCAACCGCACCAUCGAGCGGAUGCAGGCGGACCACGAUAAGCGGAUGGCGGAGGCGGCGGAGGCGGCCAAGAGCGCGAUUAAGGAUCUUGAACAGCGGGUCCUGGCGGCGUCCAAGGAUGCAGACGAUAAGGUUGCCGCUGCCAAGGCGGAGUCCACCGCGGCGCUCAAGCUCGCCGCCGACGACGCCGCUGAGCAACUCGCUGAGCAGAGGGCCACUCUUCAGGCUGAGAUGGACGCGAUCAAGGCUGACGCCAAGGCUGAGGCCGAACGCGCGAAGUUUGCCUACCAGGACGCGCUCGAGAGCGCGAAGAAGGCUGCGGCGGAGGAGCUGAAGAAGGCUGUCGAGUCCAACCCGAGCGUCGACACCGAGGCUUUCGAGUUGGAAUACGCCGCCCUCGAUGAGAAGCUCAAGGCGCAGGUGCAGGCUUCGGACGAAGCGUACGAGCGGGGCAAGGCGGAGGCUGAAAAGGCGCUCGCGGAGGCCCGGUUCGAGUACGAAGGCAAGCUCCUAGCCGCCGAAGCCGCCGCCGCGACGACCCUCGAGGAGGAGAGGGCGCGGUUCGAGGCGGCCAUGGCCAAACAGAGAUCCGAGGCCGACGCCGCCGCGAGGGCCGCGGAGGAUGCCGCCAAGGCCACGAUCGAGGAGACCCGCGCGAAGGCUGCCGAGGAGCUCAAGUCGGUGAUGGCAUCCGCGGAUACGUUCCGCGAUAACCUCGACCGGCAGUUCAAGAACGAAGCCAAGCGCGCCCGCGACGAGUUUGACGCCCAGAUCAAGGCAUACGACCAGAAACUUCUGGAUACAUCCAGGGAUCUCACCGCACGUCACGAGCAGGAGACCAAGGACCUCCUCGCGGCGCACGCGUCCGAGAUGGAGGCCAAGCAAGCGGCGCUCGACGCGGAGUCGCGAACGGCCGAGGAGGUUCGCGCCGAGAUGGCUCGAAUGCGUCAGACGCACGAGGCGGAGUUCAAAGCUGCGCUCGCCCGCCACGCCGACGAACUCGAGGACACCGCGCGAAAGGCCAAAGCCGCGCUCCUGGAGGUGACCGAACGGGCCGUCGAGCAGGUGGAGGCGGCGAGAAACGACGCGGCGGCGGACCGAGCCGCGGCGGUGGAAAAACUCGAGAAACGAAUCGAUUCCCUCGUCGGGGAGCGCGACGACGCGGUGGCUCGCGCGCGACGGGCGGUGACCGACGACGCGCACUGGCUCGCGAACGAGCUGGAAUGCAUCAAAAAGGCGUACGCUCUCGCCGAGGACGUCGACCUGAGCACGGUGGACCCCGAGGAUGAGACGCAGAGGAAGCGGCUCGAGGCGGCUGGCGAGGUUGCCGCGAAGGGCCUGAACGGGAUCGAGGUUCCCGUCUGGGGUUACUACGCGUUGGGCCUGGCGACCGCGCUCUUGCCCCGCAUCAUCGCCGGCGGCGGCAUGUGAUGAGCUCGAGACAGAGAGGCCGUGAUCCUUUCGACGCGUUCAUCUUGUAUGAUAGGCAGAGGUCAGAUACCACCAUUCUUUUGUACGAAACGAAGUUAUUUUCA